AUGGAUGGAGCAUCACAAUGCUCAGUUGGAUUGAUUUUAAAAUCAAAUUGUCACAAGUUGACAUUUACAAACCACAUUGGAAUAAACUUUUUUCAAGAUUUAGCUCCAGAUGAGCAAAAUUUAGUUGCGCUAAGGUCUGGUGUUUCUUCUAUUUUGAUUAUUGACUUAUGUUUUCAUCAUCAAAAGUUCUAUCUUGAGAAGUUCCCUGUGUUUCAGAAUAAAUGCUGUGAUCCACUGUUAGUUCACAAAAGACCGUGCAAAGCAUCUCUCAGAGAAGUCACGUUAAGAACCAUAGCUUUAAACAACAGGAUCAAUAUUGUACCUGGUCAAAAAAUUUGCACAAACUGCUUAGUCAGAUUAAAAGCUUCCACUGAAAUUAAUACUGAUAACAUUAAUAUUGCUGAUGAUUACACAAAUGAAAGUAUAAAUAAAGAAAACAUAUUUAGUGUUAAACAAGAAGCUGAUAUAAAUAAAAACAGACCAGAACUUUCUGAUUGUCUCAGUAUAAUUGGUGUGUCACCAGUCAAGCUUCACGGAAAGCCAUUUGCAAAUCGUAUGAGUAUUGGGAAAAAAAAAUUAUAACUAUUGCAAAAGUUUUCAAAGAAAAGUUAUCAAGUUCUUUAAAAAUUCCAUUGACAG